AUGCGUACGGCCCAAAGCAGGCAAAAGAGUUAUGCCGAUGUGAGACGAAGGGAUUUGGAGUUUGAGGUGGGAGACAAAGUAUUCCUUAAGGUGGCUCCCAUGAAAGGCGUUCUUAGGUUCAGGUGCAAAGGAAAGUUAAGCCAACGCUUCAUUGGACUAUUUGAGAUCUUGGAGCGAGUUGGACAAGUAGCUUAUCAGUUGGCUCUACCACGUGUACUUUCAGGAGUCCACAAUGUGUUCCAUGUAUCGAUGUUACGACUAUACAUAUAUGACCCAUCGCAUGUGAUAGAUUUCAAACCUCUACGGUUAGAUAAGGGUUUGAACUAUGAGGAAGAACCCGUGCAAAUUGUGGAUAGAGAAGUGAAAACCCUACGUAAUCGAGAGAUCGCGUUGGUCAAGGUAUUAUGGCGGAAUCACCAGCUUGAAGAAGUCACUUGGGAACGAGAAGAGAAAAUGAUGAGCAAGUACCCUCAGCUCUUGAGAGGAAGGUUGUGUGAUGUUGUGUAA